ACUGCCACCACAGCGCCUCGCCAUGCCGGCAGACAUCAGCAAGUGGGCCGGGCCGCUGAGCCUGCAGGAGGUGGAAGAGCGGCCGCAGCACCCACUGCAGGUCACCUACGCUGGGGUGGAGCUGGAUGAGCUGGGCCAAGUGCUGACGCCUACCCAGGUUAAGAACAGACCCAGUAGCAUUUCGUGGGAUGGCCUUGACCCAGCGAAACUCUACACCUUAGUCCUCACAGACCCGGAUGCUCCCAGCAGGAAAGACCCCAAGUACAGGGAGUGGCACCAUUUCCUGGUGGUCAACAUGAAGGGCAACGACAUCAGCAGCGGCAAGGUCCUCUCGGAUUAUGUGGGUUCCGGGCCUCCCAGUGGCACCGGCCUCCAUCGCUACGUCUGGCUGGUGUACGAGCAGGACAAGCCGCUGAAGUGUGACGAGCCCAUUCUCAGCAACCGGUCAGGAGACCACCGCGGCAAAUUCAAGGUGGCGGCAUUCCGCAAGAAGUAUCACCUGGGAGCCCCGGUAGCCGGCACGUGUUACCAGGCGGAAUGGGACGAUUAUGUACCCAAGCUGUACAAACAGCUGUCUGGGAAAUAGGGCAGUCGCUUGCCAGUCCUGGCCACCCCCCUGCAGUGUCAUGGGUCUGAACAAUGAGUAGCAUGUCUCUCUCUUCUCGCUCCCUCCCUACAUAGGGGAGACUCUGGCUGUUUGGGGGCAGUAACUCUUGCUUGUUGCUUGCCCUUAAGACUCCAGUUUGUUUUGGUCAAAUUUAAGCUCCAUCUGGUGGCUAUUUGCCACUGUGAUGGGGUUAUUAUUCUGUUUUUAAAAGAAAAGGCAAAAAAAAAAAAAAAAAGAAAGAAAAAGAAAAGAAAAAAAAUCCAAGUAAAAAGACCAGGUGUACAAGAAAAAGGCUAAAUAUUCGUCGUUAGGAAGAGUUGUGAUGCCCGCUUCCGCCUUCAUUCUUAUCAGGAGCUGGUGCACAGUGGCCCCAUCUAAUGAGAUGUGUUUUAAAUCCUGUCUCCUGCCAGCACACCCAGAGACUUCGCUUCCUGGAUGAUCCCAGACAGCACAUCUGAAGAAGUAUUUGUGGCAUGUGACUCCAUUCAAAAGAACUGGGGAAAGCAAUAGGGAAGACAGCUUUCCUGGGGCCUACCUUGGUCACGGAGCACUGCUGCAGCCUGGUAGACAGUUGACAAGUCAAAUUCUGCUAAGUCAGCUGCUUCUCACUAGUGUAAGAAGAGCUAAUCUGGAGUUGCUUAUGUUGAUUCUGUUCACUUACUGUCAAAUAAAAUUAAAACCAAAAAUGA